UUAUGUUCUGAUUCUUUCUUCUUUUUUUUUUUUAACAUUGCUGUGCGAUCUACCUGUAUGUUGAACCACCUUCCUUAUUAACCUAACCAUUUUUAUUUUCUUUCAUGCCUUGGUUUUCACUUUUUCGUCAUCUUUUCUUGUCCUUUCUCUCUUUUUUCUUCGAUCUUUCUGGCCUUAAUUUCUUCCUCUUCUUCCUAUUCAAGCAUCUUGCCUCCUCCAUCUCUUUUAAUUAUAAUACUUUGGACUAUAUAUAUAACGUACAUAACCUUAUACUAACCCAUCAGAUCAUUUUACAAGUAGACAAACUCCCCCACCUAAUACAAAUAUUAAAUCUCACACACUUCCACUCAAAAGAAUCAACUAAUUAAGAGCCAUGGAGGACUCUUCUUCCUCUGCUGCUUAUAUCCGCCUGGUGCACCGUCUGAUAGAGGAGUGUAUCCUAUUCAACAUGAGCAAAGAAGAGUGCAUGGAAGCUCUUUCCAAACAUGCAAAUAUCAAGCCUGUUAUUACCUCCACCGUUUGGAAGGAGUUAGAGAAGGAGAACAAGGAGUUCUUCGAGGCAUACACGAGGAGCAGAGCAGAGAGAGCUUCGGAGAGAGAGACAAGGCAAAGGAUCCAGAGCGUGGUUUCAGAUUCUUCCAAAGAACGAAUUUAGAUUUCAGACGCAACCAAAUCAAGGCUAAUCGUCAAA